AUGUGGAACGACAGACAAGCUCGUCGCAUCCAGGCGUAUCUGGCCUGCUCAGGAUUCAACAUCAUACUCGGUAGGCUUCUCUAUUUGCAAGCUAUGCUUGCCCCGAAUCGCCGGUGGAGGAACCAACUUUAUCGUGAUCCUGCUUCCUCUUCGCCACGCGCUGUAGGCCACGAUAUGCAGUGGAGACUUGCAAGAUUAGAGAAGCAGCCUGGAGAAGACUCCAGGCUUUUAAAGACUGCGGGAUACAUUGUCCGGAAGCCAGCGGGAAGUCCACCAGACGGCGCGGGAAUGGGCGCUGUGGCUAUACACUGGCCUGAGCGGCUGGGCCGGAGCCAAGGAUUGAGGCGGGCGGAAAGAUUGCGGGGACAGGCCAGAUUCUGGUGGAUCAAAAAUGUCUUGGAUGACGACCUCAACAAGCUCCAAGCAAAAUUACAACACAGAGAAAUCUGUGGAUAA